GUCAUCUGUGGAUCGGGAUAUCUUUGGCAAAAAGAAAAUCACACACUCACGCAACUCACUAACCAUGAAGUUCUGCCACUCUGCCCUGCUGGCCCUCGUCGGCACAGCCCUGGCCAGUCCGUCCAGGACCGUGAAGAGCGAGCCCCGGCAGGCGGCCGCCGGCUGCUCGUCUGCCGUCACGCUCGACGCCAGCACCAACGUCUUCUCCAAGUACACGCUGCACCCCAACAGCUUCUACCGCGCAGAAGUCGAGGCGGCCGCCGAGGCCAUCUCGGACUCGACGCUCAAGGCGCAGGCCCUCAAGGUCGCCGACGUCGGCAGCUUCCUGUGGAUCGACACCAUCUCGGCCAUUAGCCGCAUCGAGCCGGCAGUCGCGGACCAGCCCUGCAACAAUAUCCUCGGUCUCGUCAUCUAUGAUCUGCCCGGCCGCGACUGCGCCGCCAAGGCCUCCAACGGUGAACUCAAGGUCGGCGAGCUGGCCAAGUACAAGUCUCAGUAUAUUGACCCCAUCGCCGCCCUGCUCAAAAAGUACUCCAACCACGCCUUUGCCCUGCUCAUCGAACCCGACUCUCUGCCCAACCUGGUGACCAACAUCGACGAGUCAGCCUGCCAGCAGUCGGCGGCGGGCUACCGCGACGGCGUGGCCUACGCGCUCAAGACGCUCAACCUGCCCAACGUGGUCAUGUACAUUGACGCGGGCCACGGCGGCUGGCUCGGGUGGAACGACAACCUCAAGCCGGGCGCCGAGGAGCUGGCCCGGGCGUACAAGGCGGCCGGGAGUCCGCGGCAGCUCCGCGGCUUCGCCACAAACGUCGCCGGCUGGAACGCGUGGGACCUGACGCCCGGCGAGUUCUCGUCCGCCUCGGACGCGCAGUGGAACAAGUGCCAGAACGAAAAGACGUACGUCGAGACCUUUGGCCCGCUGCUCAAGAACGCCGGCAUGCCCAACCAUGCCAUCGUCGACGUCGGCCGCAACGCCGUCCAGGGCCUGCGCGAGGAGUGGGGCCACUGGUGCAACGUCAACGGCGCUGGCUUCGGCGUCAGGCCUACCGCCUCGACCGGCAGCUCGCUCACUGAUGCCUUCGUUUGGGUCAAGCCUGGUGGCGAGUCUGAUGGUACUUCCGACACGAGCGCCACCCGCUACGACAGCUUCUGCGGCAUGUCCGAUGCCUACAAGCCGUCGCCCGAGGCCGGUCAGUGGAACCAGGACUACUUUGAGAUGCUUCUCAGGAACGCCAAGCCCCAGUUCUAA